AUAGGAGAGGAAUGUGGCGUUAAGGCCCAAGAUCGUACAGACUGUGGAUGGUUCGGUAUCAAUAAAGCCGAAUGUAACAAGAGAGGCUGUUGUUGGGAUGAUAAGACCAAAAAAGCUCAGUUUUGCUUUUACCCGAAGAGUAAGUAUGCCCUUGUUAAUCAGGAUUUGACGCGGCCAUUAUAAAAGCAAACGCUUGGAGUAACCUUCUAAUAAGUGAAUCUUUUCUACUAUCGAUAGCUCAUUACUCUUAAGGUAGACCCACAUAGGUUGGUCGUACUGUCCGUACAAGUCCACAAAGAUGAAUACUGAAGCAAAGAGUAAAACUCGAAGUAAAAUUUGAUCUAAAGAUAAUAAACUAGUUGAUAGACUUUUCCUAAGAAAAAUCAAGAUUCACAUUUCUUGCGAGCUGAAGCAAACAUUACCACAGCAUGGUAUAAUUGAAGCUGAGGGCUUCUUUUUUUAACUCGAGAACUAAUUAUUUGUGGGGUCAAAAAAAAGUAUCUGAAAAAUUAUUGACUUUCUUCAGGUCACAAAUGCUACGGCAUCAAGAACCGCGAGGAUUGUGGAUAUAUUGGAAUACAUCGGGAUGAGUGCGAAAAGUACUAUGGAUGCUGCUUUGACCACACAGUCCAGGGUGUGCCUUGGUGCUUCAGAGGCCGUUAUAUGCCACCCCCACAGAUGUUAACCUCACAAACUCCUCCCUCCCUUUCCCGAGCAAGUCCAACCGAGGGAUCUGGGGCACCGCCCACAGAUGAGGGAGAACCAAUUCAAGGUAACUCUCGCUAG